UCAUCAACUGUGCGGGCACCAUUUGCGGUGCAGUAAUGCGUCGAUCCGGGUGAAUCACAAGUUUACUGUUGUUUCUUUGGAAAUAUCGUCAAAAUUUCGCGAAUAUUAGGAAGAUCUGAUCAUUAAACUUUUCGCAAUGCUUCGUAAAUAGAGCACACUUCAUUGUGGGCAACAUCAAAUGCAAAUUUAAGACGUUGAUUUCUCUCGAUCUGUGUUAAAAUACUCGGCGCGAAAAAGUCCGAGGAUUACUUCCAGCACCAGUCGCCGCGCCUGUCAUUACCGGGAAAACUACCGCCUAGCGGGAGCGUGAUUCAUCGGUGUUGUUGCUCAUCGGCUGCAGUCAUGAUGCAGAGUAUAAAGUGCGUGGUUGUAGGUGACGGGGCCGUUGGAAAGACGUGCCUGCUCAUCAGCUAUACAACAAAUGCUUUUCCUGGAGAGUAUAUCCCUACAGUGUUUGACAACUACUCGGCCAAUGUGAUGGUGGACGGCAAGCCAGUCAACUUGGGAUUGUGGGACACGGCGGGACAAGAGGACUACGACAGACUCAGGCCGCUCUCCUAUCCACAGACGGAUAUAUUCCUCAUCUGUUUCUCCGUCGUCAGUCCGGUGUCGUAUGAAAAUGUCAGAGCAAAGUGGGCACCGGAAGUUAGACAUCACUGUCCGCAAGCUCCCAUAAUCCUCGUGGGUACUAAGCUGGAUCUGCGGGACAACCAGGAGACGAUAGACAAACUGAAGGAACGCAAUCUCCAUCCAAUCAAGUUUCAAGAUGGCAUCCAGAUGAAUAAAGAAAUUGGCGGCGUCAAGUAUCUAGAAUGCUCGGCCCUGACGCAGAAAGGUCUCAAGAUGGUCUUUGAGGAAGCAAUACGGGUCGUGCUCUACCCUCCUAAGAUGCCCAAAAAGAAGAAACCCAAAUGCUUAGUGCUAUGAAGUGGUGUCCGUUGUAGAAUAGUGUACGUAGCAUGGGAGUAGGACUUAAACUGGGCCACUUCUGAAAUCUCGGCUUGUCUUCAACUUGGGCUCCAUAGAAGUCGAUGCUGAAGACAAAGUCAAGGUUUGAGAAAAGGCCUUUGUGUGAUAUUUUUGUUUAAAAUGCCUUGACCUUCUUCCCAUAGGUCGAAGCAGGUAGGGUGAUACUAAGUAGUAAGGAUCAGUGGUAUUGCAUGAUGGGAUCAUACAUCAUGGGAACAAGGUUAGAUCUGGAUUUGUAUUGGUGUCUUCAGAACUAAUGAGGGCGCUAUGAAUUAUCAGAUAUUUUCUGCUUGUGUAUGUUUUGUUUUCAAAAUUGGAAAUGCUUUUUAUUUGCGGAUACCUCAAAGAGGGCCAAAUACUUUUUUUAAGUCGUGUGCAAAAGUAUUAGUUUGUAAAAUGACAACAUUCUGAAGUUAAUCUGGGGUUGUAUUCAAAGGGAAUUUUUACCUAAAAGGACAAUGAGAAAACACAGAGAUCAUGCAAAACACUUAUCACUUAACUUUCAGUCUGUUGCAACUACCAUUUACUUAAUCCAACUCAUGUAUUCACACAUGUAUUCUGUUGCUGCACUAAUUUACUGACAAAUUCAUGUAAAAUUAACACAAUGGAAAUAUCUAUGAUAAUUUAAUCCAACUAGAAUUUUAUAUAAUAUUUUGGCAUCCACAACGCUGUGUUAGUUACAUUGAGCACUUUCAGUCAUUACAAAGUGAAAAGAGAAAAACAUUUUCUGUCUUUUUCCUUUAACAGGAAACUUAACAUGGCCAUACUCCACGUCAAAACGGCACUUGUAAAUAUAACAAAUAUAACCACCAUGCUGCCCAGUUCAAUGUGUAUUCAAUGAAAUUUUGAAGCCUGCCUUUUAAAAAGUAGAACAUCCCUGAAAGUGUGUAUAGCAAUUGGUGUAGUCACAUUUCAUGGACAGCUCAGCCUGCACGCCCUCAAUGUGCAAAUGUAUUCAAAUUGGCAAGUCAGGCCGUUUCCGAACUGCUUGGCUACGGCUUGAAAUAACACAGAAGCCUAUGGGAAGUGGCUGCAGCCACUAGCCAGUGGCUGCCAUAGGUGCACGUGUUACAUGUAUUUCCUGCUGAAGAGCCUUGACUGUAAAUUGUGUUGUCUAUUGUCAAUAGAGGGCGCCCUUCAUGUCUUACAGCCAUACAUUUUGCACUUGCAGCUUACAGCAAAAAAAUCAGGAAAAAAUAUUAAAUCAUUUUGAACUGAAUUAAAGUUUUCUCAGAUGAUCCCUGGAACAUUCCAUUAUCUCCAGACACAGCUGAAAGAAAGAGGAAUGUUCCAUUGAAUUACCAAGGGUAGUUUCAAUGCAAGACAAGUCAAAAGCGCAUCGCCAUUAUUCAAUUUUUUGGGUUUUUUGUUUUAUUUUUCUUGACGUUUGAGAAAAUAAAAUUGAAAUGGUAGUCCUUAGACCAAAAAGGUGCUAUUUUGUGAUGAUUAAAAUUGCUCUUCCAUAUAAAUAGUAUUCACGAGACAGUAUGAAUAAUAAAGAAAUUAUGAAAUUCACCAGUGCUGUCUAACAAUCAAUAACAAAUGAAAGGUUUAGGAACUAGAUAUAUUGUAUGGUAUUCAGUCCGAUGUUUUCUGUCUUAUGAACACGGUGGAGUUUUAAGCAAUCGAGUAUCACAGAUAAGAUUGUGAAUUGUUGCAAUCUGCCUCCAUUGACAUUCAUGGUUCAACCUUUCACCACUGAGGGCGCUUUUACACCAAACGCAUUGCUGUGGUGAACUGCAUGCACUUUUUUUCGUACAGUGUUGACUUCGCCGGUUUGUAUUUUUGCCUCCUUUAACCACGUUAGUUUCUUGUGUCGAUACAUGAUAAACUUAGUUUGUCCGGCCACAACUUUUUUCACCUCGGAAGGGGUGUUUGUAAAUACGUAUAUAUAUAAAAGGACUGAAUGAACAAAAUCUUGUAAUAUACUGUAGUAUUCCAGUCAGUGUGUUGCUGUGUGAAGCCUAUUGAUUCACCGAUUGAUUGGAAUUUUAAAAUUAUUUGAAAAGCUUCUUGCAAGCAUUCGGUGGGCCAGUUCAUAUUUGGGUGGAAGCAAAUGCAAACCUGAACCUGACUUGGCAGUAAGUGGUAGUACUGUGAAUUUGCAAAAGGUUUUUGCCCGGAAUAUUCAAUCAGACAAAAAGAAAUACAUUUUAUGCCUAAAUUAAAGCAUAACAAAUGUUUAGUAAAAAAAGUGCACCCAAAAGAUUGACAUUUCGUAAAUUAAAGUUUGUCUACAUUUUGUUACUGUAUUCCAUUAUUUUGCACGCACAGACACACAUCAAAAAUUUUGUAUGCAAAUGAAGUUGUGUUGACAAAACUCGUUAACUGAUUUAGUUGCUUCUUGAAGUAAAAGAUUUCGUUCAAAAGUGCUUUUAUGUAAUCGCUUCCUUGCUGUUUGUGUGUGCCCAUAAGUAAAAUCCUAAACAUUUUCAAAGCUCGCGGUAAUUGUCCAAAGAAGAGCUUUUUGAGGUUGAAAUGUUAGCUUCACAAUGCCAUUUGCAGUUGAGAGCUUGGAAAUGUUCCUUUUCUUUCAAAACAUUUUUGAUAAUUUUUAAGUCAUUUAAAGCCAGAAUGCAAUGCUUUGCUAUGCAUAAAUCUGAAUUUCAACUGUUUGGAUAAGUAUUCUUAAAAAGCAAAAUUUUUAUUCGAAAAAAAAAGUGAUUUUGUGUUCUAGAUAAAAGGUUGAAGGAAGAUGGCAGCGACUUAAGCCUUAAACUUUCAAGGUUUGAUUCUUAACAGAUGUGUGUAAAUAACAGAGCAUGUUGUAUGGAUGCAACUAUUGUAGGAAUAUAGAAUUACUGUACAUUUGCAUUUUGAAUUGCAUGCUGUAGCUAUUCAAGGAACACAGUAUUCAAAAUAUUCACCAUUUUACGUAAUUUUUAAACCUUUGCAGGUAAAAAUUGAAACUGACGUUUUUAAGUUAAGGUUUUCUCUUUUGUUUUUGUAUGUUAUGUUCAUUCUAUUCUUUGAAAUCCAAUUUCUGACAGCUGACAGUCAUGAUAAGAAAAGAAAAGUUCUGCUUCGAGAGUCGAGCUAUGUAGUCAUCUAAAAUGUCACGACUUUCUGUCCGUUUUACCCAACAAAAUUGGCAAAAGCUUCUACUUUAAAAUGAUGAAAAACACUUACCUAUCUCACAUGAGUUACUUGUGAGAAAUGAGUGUGCUUUUCUCCAUUUUGAGCUGGUCAAUUCCCGAUGAGCCAAUCACAAGGCUCCUUGCUACUGACAUGCACUGUACAUUUUGCAAGGAGCGUUGUGAUUGGUCUCUGCCAUCAAUGCCUGGUUGGUGACUUCCAGGACUGUUUUUCAUUGGUCAGUAGUGUGAGCACACUUUUUGAUUUGAAAAGCCUUAUCAACAACCACAGGCACAUUUGUGUGCAUGCAUGUACAUGUAGUUAACCUAAAGCCAAUGAAAAGGCUUAUUGUUUCUGACAUGCUCUGUACAUUUUGCAAGGAGCAUUAUGAUUGGUCUCUGCCAUCAAUGCUUGGUUGGUGACUCCCAGGGCUGGUUUUCAUUGGUCAGUAGUGUGAACACACUGUUUCUAACAGCCUUACCACAUGCACAUAAACUUUGUGCAUGCAUGUACAGUACAUGUAGUUAACAUUCAUUUGUGGCAGUUUUGAAUUAGAAAAUACUCUACGCAUGGAUAUGUAUGAAUUUAUGUACAUGAACACAAGAUAAAGUCCAACUUUAAUACAUUUUGUGUUGCUUAUUUUUGAGGAAAAAACCUAGUAUUCCAUGUAGAAAACCAGCAAAUUCAUUGGCUUUAAAAGGCAACAAUUUGUAAAUUACAUUUCACAAGUUCAGACGCUCCAAAAACUUGCUCGCUGCCAUUGUGUUCUAUAAUUUGUCAUUCGUUCUGUUUGAAUAAAUUGAAAUAAUCUGUAAAUGUUGUCUAGUGUGCAUUCUUGCUUACAUGUUUGACAAUUUCCCUCCAUUUUGAGUUAACAGGUUACAAAGUGUGCUUAAUUAAAUAGUGUUUUUGUUUUAAUUUCUAGUUUUGUAAUGUCUCACUGUUUAUACAAUGUACAUCUUGAUUGCUUUGGAAACAUGUUUCUGUGCAACAAUAAUGACACAAACAAAACCACUAUGUGGACAACUAUUGAGUGAAAUUUGAUAUUUAUUAUCAAAUCAUUAAUAUACGAUAUUUCACUUGAACAAAAAUUACCUUUUAUGGUAUCCAUUAAGAAUAAUUCCAUUACAAUCUGGCUUGUUUUAAUAAAGCUCUUACAAACAGCAUACAAAAGUUAGCUCCUUUGUUCCCACGACUGUCAGAAUCGUUCAACAACUCCCCCAAGUUAAAUUCUACUUUACAAUGCCCCGUUAUCGCGCUACACUGUAUAAUCUAGUCUACAAUUACAAGAUUAGUAUUUAUUUUAUAGCGCCGAGGCAAAAUACCAUCGAAUAAGCAAUUUUGUACAUUUUACAUGCUCUCCGUACUUGGAUUAUAUAUUCAUGGUUUCUGUGACUUGAUGGGCAUACAGCAGCAUCUCAGCAGUGCGGUCGUGGUUCUG